GGUUGAAAGUUCUCUCUCUGUGAUUCUGAGGUCGAAAAGAGAGCCAUGGAGGCUGGCAUUUCAGCUGCCGCAACCCUAAAACCUUAUCGUUUCGGCCGAAAUCCCUUCCUCGGCCAGAAACCCAGGACCGGUAUAAGCAAUUGCUUCCUCUUCUUCUCUCCGUUGACUCGUCGAACGGACAGGAUUAUUCAGCGGAGAAGACCGAUCUCAACCGUCUGCUUCCUGACCUCAGACAAGAAGGAAGAUAAUCUAGAAGAAGAAGAACCAGUAUUAGUAGUAUUAGAAGAAAACAGGGAGCAGAUCUCGGCCGUUCGUGCCGCGGAGAGAAUGGCGAGGAGGAGAUCCGAGCGGUCCACAUACCUCAUCGCGGCGAUCAUGUCGAGCCUCGGGAUAACAUCCAUGGCUGUUACAGCCGUUUAUUACAGAUUCUCGUGGCAGUUUCAGGGUGGAGUGAUUCCGGUUUCUGAAAUGUUCGGUACAUUUGCUCUGUCCGUCGGGGCCGCUGUGGGAAUGGAGUUCUGGGCUCGAUGGGCCCACAAAUCGCUCUGGCAUGCUUCUUUGUGGCACAUGCAUGAGUCCCACCACCGGCCAAGAGACGGUCCGUUCGAGCUCAACGACGUCUUUGCAAUAAUCAACGCAGGUCCUGCCAUCGCCCUUCUCUCGUACGGAUUCUUCAAUAAAGGCCUCGUUCCUGGCCUCUGCUUCGGUGCUGGUCUGGGAAUCACCAUGUUUGGCAUGGCCUAUAUGUUCGUCCACGACGGCCUCGUACACCGUAGAUUUCCUGUGGGGCCCAUCGCGGACGUGCCUUACUUUCGGAGGGUUGCGGCUGCCCACCAAAUCCACCAUACAGAUAAAUUCAAUGGAGUACCAUAUGGACUGUUCUUGGGACCAAAGGAAUUGGAGGAGGUGGGUGGCAUUGAAGAGCUGGAGAAAGAGAUCAAUAGGAGAAUUAAGCUCUCCAACACUUCAAAACCAAGCAGCUGAUUAUGUUCUAUUCCUAUAUUUGUAUUUUUGCUUUUUUUAGAGAAGUUUUUAUUACAAUUAAUAACAUAGGAGAAAAGAGAAAUAGAUUAGAUAA